AGUAGGCCUUUACAUACACUGACCUAGCAAGCGCUGCAAAAUCUCCGAAGUAAUCGCUGCGAAGCCCAUAAUCUCGUCACGUCAACCAAAUCCAAUCCACCAAAGAUGGGCCUGAGCCCCUCGAAGCGCGUGGACGCGGCGCUCCGGCGGGCGCCGGCGUUCGCCGCCGCCUGCGAGGCCGCCUUCGACCGCUGCCUCGCCGAUGCCCAGCACGCCUUCUCCGGCGUCCGCCCCUACCAGCUCGCGGACGCGUCCGCGCACCUCCACUCGGCCCUCCGGGGCUCCCUCCCUAUCGUCCGCCGCUGGGUGCCCUCGCCGCCGGCGCGCGUGCGCGUAGACUCUGCGCUGCGCGCCUCUGGCUUGGAAGGCGCCGGCGAGCUCUCGCGGGAUCAGUUCGGGGAGUUCGCGGCCGAGCUGUUCAGGGAGGCCGUGCUCGCCGGCGCGGCCGAGGCGGCGCUCGUCCGUGCCCCGGCCGGCGCGGCCGGGAUCCUCGGGGUGGCCAUCGUGUCCCGCGCAGGCGCCGGGGCAGCUGGGAAGUUGGUCGCUCUUUACACCGCCGGCGUCGCCGCCGCUGUUUACCUCAGCUUGGGCUAGACCUCUGUUAAGUUGUAAAUCUGCACAAUAAACUGCUUGUACUACUCCGAUGUAAUCUGAAGAGAUGUUUCUUGCGUAGUAUUGCCAGUAUAAAUACAAAGAGUGAUUAGCAACAACAGGAGAGCCUAGGCUUGAAGGGAGGCGAUCAAGGUUUCAAGUAGGGUUUGGUUUUCAGGUUUAGCCCUGAACUUCAGAAUCUCCAGGUCUGAAGUGAGUGCCACCCUAUCAAAGUGACGUCUGUUUCUCUGCU